UGUGUAGCCUCUCUCUUUCUCUUUCAGUUACUCUUUCUUUUCCCUUGCAGACCCUCCUAAAGGAGAAUGGCUGCUGAGAACUCCUCUUCUGUGACAGAGUUUAUCCUCUCAGGCUUAACCGACCAGCCGGAACUCCAGAUCCCCCUCUUCUUCCUGUUUCUAGGUUUCUACGUGGUCACCGUGGUGGGGAACCUGGGCUUGAUAACCCUGAUUGGGCUGAACUCUCACCUGCAUAUUCCCAUGUACUUCUUCCUCUUCAACUUGUCCUUCAUAGAUUUUAGUUACUCCACUACCCUCACCCCUAAAAUGCUGAUGAGUUUUGUUUUAAAGAAGAACAUCAUUUCCUAUGCAGGAUGUAUGACUCAAUUUUUUUUCUUCUGUUUUUUUGUCUUUUCUGAAUCCUAUAUCCUGUCAGCAAUGGCAUAUGACCGCUAUGUCGCCAUCUGUAAACCACUGUUGUACACGGUCACCAUGUCUCCCCAGGUGUGUUUGCUUCUUUUGUCAGGUGUCUAUGGGAUGGGGGUUUUUGGGGCCGUGGCCCAUAUGGGAAACCUAAUGUUUAUGACCUUUUGUGCAGACAACCUUGUCAAUCACUAUAUGUGUGACAUCAUUCCCCUCCUUGAGCUCUCCUGCAACAGCACUUACGUAAAUUUGCUGGUGGUCUUUAUUGUUGUGACCAUUGGCAUUGGGGUGCCCAUCGUUACCAUUUUUAUCUCAUAUGGUUUCAUUCUUUCCAGCAUUCUCCACAUUAGCUCCAUGGAGGGCAGGUCCAAAGCCUUCAGUACCUGCAGUUCCCAUAUAAUUGUCGUUUCUCUUUUCUUUGGGUCAGGAGCUUUUAUGUAUCUCAAACCACCUUCUAUUUUGCCCCUGGACCAGGGGAAAGUGUCCUCAGUUUUCUAUACUGCUGUGGUGCCCAUGUUCAACCCCUUAAUCUAUAGCCUGAGGAAUAAAGAUGUCAAAAUUGCCCUGAAGAAAACUUUGAGCAGAAAAAUCUUAUCUUGA